AUGAGGAUCAACAAUGAAAGAAAGAAAGAAAGAAAGAAAGAAAGAAAGAAAGAAAGAAAGAAAGAAAGAAAGAAAGAAAGAAAGAAAGAAAGAAAGAAAGGAAGAAAGAAAGGAAGAAAGAAGGAAAAGGAAGAAAAGAAAGAGAAGAAAACGAAGAAGGACGAAAAGGGGGGAAAGAAG